AUGCUCUCUACACUUAUGUUAUAUCUCUUCGUCUUAGGCGGAUUUCGGAUAAGACUUGGUGCGCGGGGACCACCGAAUUACCAAAUAGAUCAAGACCAAUUGCAGCUUCUACUGGAUAGGGGCUUCACAGUGAAAAGAAUCGCCGAGGAUAGUCUUCUCGGAAGCAAAAUGCACAAGAGCACUCUAUUCAGAUUCAUGAGGCGAAAUAGAAUUCUGCAGCCUAGGAGAGCAUAUAAUGUAUCUGAUGAUGUAGUGAGAGAUGUUAUGUCCAGUUAUAUAAAGGAUCACCCAAAUUCUGGUUCAGAGGAGAUAAGGGCUUAUCUUCGAACACGAGAGCCACCCAUGGUUGUAAAUAGAGACAGAGUUCGUGCGAUACUAGCUGAACUGGACCCAGUUGGCGUUGCAACACGAUGGGCUCAAGUGGUGUCUAGGAGACGCUACUCCGUCUCAGAGCCAAACUCACUGUGACAUAUAGACAGCCAUCACUCAUUAGUGCGGUAAGUUUCAAGAUAACACGCAGCAGUGUGUUAUCGAUGGCCCAGC